GUCCCGUUCGCAGCCGCCGCCCGUCCCGACCGCUCCACCGGGGAACCGCGGGCACCGGAGGCACCGAGGACACACACCGGGAGCAGCGAGGCCCCGCACGAUGAUCUGCGGCAGGAGGGCUCGUCCCACCGAGCACCCCGACAACUCCAGUGACCCCCGACGGCCCCCCAGAGCCCUCAAGAAGAUGGGUCUGUCGGAGGACGAGGACAUCCAGCGGAUGCUGCGGGGCUCCCUGCUCUGGAAGAUCAAGUCUCGGGGGGGCUUCGGGGAGCGGCUCUUCCGCCUGCAGGAGGACGGGGCCACCGUCUGCUUCGAGGGGGGCUUCAGGCGCACUCGCUCCCAGCAGAGCUUCUCAGUGAUGCACAUCGAGGGGGUACGUGAGGGCCACCAGUCCGAGGGGCUACGAAAGUACGGGGCCGCCUUCCCCGAGCGCCACUGCUUCACCCUGGUCUUCAAGGGCAAGCGCAAGAACCUCGACUUGGCUGCCCGGGGUGAGGAGGACGCCCGCCACUGGGUGCAAGGGCUCACCAAGCUGAUGAAGCGGCUGCAAGCCAUGAGUCAACCGGAGAAGCUUGACCACUGGAUCCAUGGGGUCCUGCAGCGAGCGGACAGGAACAAGGACAACAAGAUGUCCUUCCGGGAGGUCAAAAGCAUGUUGAGGAUGAUCAACAUCGACAUGGAUGAUGUCUACGCCUACAAGCUCUUCAAGGAAUGUGACCGCUCAGGCAACGAGCGGCUGGAGGGUUGGGAGCUGGAGGAGUUUUGCCGACGGCUGCUGCGGCGGCCGGAGCUGGAGGAGCUCUUCAGGCGUUACUCUGGGGAGGACCACGUCCUGUCGGCUGAGGAGCUGCAGGAUUUUCUACGGGACCAGGGCGAGGACAGCAGCCUGCGCCGGGCCCUCGGCAUCAUCCACACCUACGAGCUCAACGAGACCGCCAGGCAGCAGGACCUGAUGAUGCUGGACGGCUUCAUGAUGUACCUCCUGUCGGCCGCCGGUGACAUCCUCAACCAAGAGCACACCAAGGUGCACCAGGACAUGAGCCAACCCCUGUGCCACUACUUCAUCUCCUCCUCCCACAACACCUACCUGACCCACAACCAGAUUGGUGGCACCAGCAGCACCGAAGCCUACGUCAGGGCGCUGAUGGCAGGAUGCCGCUGCGUGGAGCUGGACUGCUGGGAGGGCUCUGACGGUGAACCUAUUGUCUACCACGGCCACACUCUGACCUCCAAAAUCCUCUUCCGCGAUGUCAUCGAGAGCAUCCACGACUACGCCUUCAAGCAAUCCCCCUACCCUGUCAUCCUGUCCCUGGAGAACCACUGUGGGCUGGAGCAGCAGGCCACCAUGGCCCGGCACAUGAAGGCCAUUCUGGGGGACAUGCUGCUGGCACAGCCGCUGGAGGGGCAGGACCCCCACAGCCUCCCGUCCCCGGAGCAGCUGAAGGGGAAGGUCCUGGUGAAGGGCAAGAAGCUGCCAGAGCCAUGGCACGAGCCCCGGGGUGUCACCUCCCUCCCAGACUCUGAGGAGGAGGAAGAGGAAGAAGAGGAAGAGGAGGAGAAGCUGGAGGAGGGAAGAACCUGGCAGUCACUGCAGUCGCUGCAGGAGGUCAAACCUCUGCCGGCUAAGGACGUGUCACAGGUGGCCCCGGAGCUGUCGGCCGUGGUGGUGUACUGCCAGGCUGUCCCCUUCCCCGGCCUGGCCCACGCCCUGCACCACCCCCGGCCCUGCGAGAUGUCCUCCUUCAGCGAGAGGAAGGCUCGGAAGCUUAUCAAGGAGGCGGGCCCAGCGCUGGUCCGGUUCCACAGCCGGCAGCUCAGCCGCGUCUACCCGCUGGGGCUGAAGAUGAACUCCUCCAACUACAACCCCCAGGAGAUGUGGAAUGCCGGCUACCAGCUAGUCGCCCUCAACUUCCAGACUCCGGGCUAUGAGAUGGACCUCAACACUGGGCGCUUCCUGGCCAACGGGCGCUGUGGUUAUGUGCUGAAGCCCCCCUGCCUGCGCAGCCCCCCCGGAGAGGGGUCCCACUGUCUCGCGCUGCGCGUCAGGGUGAUCACGGCGCAGCAGCUGCCCAAGCUGAACCGGGACAAGGGGAGCUCCAUCGUGGACCCCUUUGUGCGGGUGGAGAUCCACGGCGUCCCGGCUGACUGCACCAAGCGGCAGACCCACCACAAGCUCAACAAUGGCUUCAACCCGCGCUGGGACGAAACGUUGAGCUUCGAGGUGCGGGUGCCCGAGCUGGCGCUGCUGCGCUUCGUGGUGGAGGACUAUGACAGCACCUCCUGCAACGACUUCGUGGGCCAGUUCACCCUCCCGCUGGCCAGCGUCAGGGAAGGCUAUCGUCACGUCCAUCUGCUCUCCAAGGACGGGGCGUCCCUGUCCCCCGCCACGCUCUUCGUGCACGUGCGAUGCAAGAGCCUGUGAAGUCCCCGUGGUCCCGUCCAUGGGGUGGGCACCCUCCUGCGCCACAGACACCCUGCUGCCUGUGUGGGGACAGCUUGGGGACACCGCUUGCCUGGCCACAGUGACAGCAGGGCUGGGUGAGGACCUCAAGGGGAUGGUGGACCCCAAGGGGGUGAGGAAACCCCUCCAUGUCCCAUAGUGCCACCCCAUCUCCUGGCUUUGAUGCCCCACUCCUGUCCCAAGGGGACAGUGAUGCUGUGAGAACCAGGACAGGGUGGCCAGGCCACUGAUAGCCCAACACAGCCCAUAGAGACGGGUGAUAGCAACCUCCAAAUGUCACCACCGCCAGCCAUGCUGGUCCCUGACCAACUUGGGUUGCAAGGAUGGUACCAUCACCAUGAGGUUGGCCAGGGAACCCUGUCACCAUGAGGUUGGCCGGGGGACCCCAUCACCGUGCACUCCCCAAGAGGACCCUGUCACCACGAGGUUGGCAAGGGGACCUUGUCACCACGUGGUUGUCCAGGGGAUCCUGUCAAUGUGCACUCCCCAAGAGAACCCUGUCACCACAAAGUCGGCCAGGGGACCCUGUCACCAUGCGCUCCCCGAGGGAACCCUGUCACGAGGAGGUUGGCAAGGGGAUCUUGUCACCAUGUACUCUGCAAGGCGACCCUGCCACUGUGUGCUCCCCAAGGUGACCCUGUCACCAAGUGCCAUGCGAUGUGAGUGCCACCCCAUGCCUGCGGCGUCGCGGCUUUGCUUGGCUGGUGGCCAUGUCCCUGACCCCUGCUCCAGCGCCGGACACACAUUUACACCCCGGUGUCAAGCCAGUCCAAUAAAGGUUUUAUUUUAACAGAGCCUGUCCCAGUGUCCUUGUCACCUCUCAGGGCCCCUUGGGGUGAAAAAAGGGCUGAGCUCCCACCCUGGGGAGGUGCCAGGCACCCAUGGGUGCUGCACCCAAGGGGCACAGGGUAGUGAGUGCAGCUCCCCAAACUGCCGUGGGGACAGAGGAGGGUCCCACCGCCACCCCCACGCCCCCAGUCCAGCCUCCCCCAGCCCCAGGGAGGAGACACAGAGCUACUUGCAUAGGUGACACAGGGCCCCGAGCAGGGGGGACGCGAUGGCGUGGCCGGGGGGGGACGGCGUGACGGGUUCCCGGCCCCCAGCUCCUCCCCAGGUCCAGGCCAGGGUGGGCAAAGCCCCUCAGGGUCCGUGGUGCACCACAGGGUGUAACGGGGACACAGUGGGACGGGGACGCUGGGAGUGCAUAGACAGGGGCUUGGCCUUGGCGCGUGGCUUUGGAAACCUUUGGCUGGGAGGGCAGGAGCAGCUCGGAGCUCUUUGUGGCCUUGGUUCAUGUCACGGCAGGAGGUUCAGGCUGCUGGGGCACUUGUUUCCCAAGACAUCUUGAUGGGAUGAAGGGUUUCCAUGAAAGAAAACAACUCUUUUUACCUUGGAGGUUCCCGCAGCAGAAGAUGUCGAGCCUGGUGGAAGAGGCGCCGGGGUGGCUGGAGAAGCUGAAGGCCUGGGGCAAUGCCAAUGGCAGGGCGGUCACUAGCGUGUAGAGCCAUGUUUCUACGCUUCCAGAGAAAAGCAGCUGAGCAGAGCGCCCCAAGGAACGACAGCAGUGAUGGAGCAUCCCAUGGACAUCACGAGGGGUGGCACAGAGGAACAACCUCGAGAAGUCUGAGCAGAGCAGGGUGCACCAGGUGAGCUCUGGUGGCAGCGAGGACCAAAGUCCCUCCAGAUCUUCGGGCGUUGCUGCUCUCACUCGUUGAGCAGAGAGGGUUCGAGUCUCCGAGACUGAGGAGAAGGGACAAGGCAGCGCUUGCACAAAUAGCCCUUAGAAAGAAAUUCCAUCCUCCCGCUCCAGGCACCCGCGGGAAGGACAGAGUUUAAUGGAGAAGGGAGCAAACCGGGGGGAAAAUGAGCUGAGCGUGGGACAGAGCCCCAAAGAGCCUCCAGGCUGGCAGGAGGGCUCGGCAGCCACCGC